AAUGAGACGGACCAACAGUACAAAAUGGACGACAAUCCUGGUUUCUCUUCGAUUCCUGUAUUUUUCAUGUGCAAUCCCAUUGUUGCUCUAAUCAACGAACCAUUUUUAUCUUAUUAACGAUCCAUCAAUGAAGUCAAUACAAAGAGACGUUGAUGAUGCUUUAUCUUAUUUGAUGCAUACUAGUUUGCUACUUCAUGUACUAAUCAAAAUCAAACUUUCUUUUCAGAUCGAUGAUUUGAAGAUGUCGCAAGGACCUCACAUGUCACAUCAAAUGCAGCAAAAUCAAAGUGGACAGCAACCUCAUUCUCAACAGCAGAUACAACAACAACCUCAACAGCAGCAGCAGCAGCAGCAACAACAACAACAGCAACAACAACAGAGACAAGAAGAUAAGUUGAUCACGAAAGCCAGAGAACUCGUGGUUCCGUUGAAGGACAAGUGGUCCAUUACGUUGAAAGAAGCCGCCCAGAAGGUCACGCAAACCGGCCUUCAAGAAGGUGGUGUGGCCACGAAGAACAGCGAUCUCCAGGGAGGCAAAUUUGAGACCCAAUUAGAAGAGUUCUACGGAAUUUGCGAUCAGAUUGAACUGAAUCUCAAGAGUGCUAUUGACUGCAUCAAUCAAACCGAAUCGAGUAACUCGUAUAUGCGGAUCCCGCCCGUUCCCAAUCGAUUAGAUACUACGGGCAAUCAAACCGAGUUUCUGUCUUAUCCUCAAUAUAUCGCCAUCUCGAAGCAACAAAUCAAUUUUUCCAACGAAGUUCGACAUCUACUCUCCCAAGCCGCCGAGGACGUGGUCAAACAAAACCAUUAGAACCAUCAUGAAGAAAUUGCAACAUUGGGACAAAAUGUGCCAGUUGGUAGCAGGGAAUCCGGUUCUACAAUACCAUUUCCAAAACCAAUAUGCAGGGACCAAACUGGAAACGAAAGUGGAUGUAAUUCCCUUGCUUUGUAAUGAACGUUUGAAGGUCCGUGUGAAGAAGAAGAAGAAAAAGAAAAUAUUGACUUUGGCGCCAAAA